AUGCGACGGAUUCCUGCUGCGGGUCCAGGGCGACCAGAUGCUUCGGUUGACUGGAAAAGUCAGUUUAGAAUCAAAACAAAUUGGUCAAAGGGCCAGGCCAGAGUCAAGGAAGUCGAGGUCGCUCGUCCACCUGCCCCACCUGUGAUUGCGAAAGUCCACCGAGGCAUGAUAUUCACGGUCGAUCGCUCAACUGGCCUCCGGGUUUGGGAGCGAGACUUGACAAGAACCUCAAGGGCUCAGAUUCACCUUCAUGCGCAGUCAGAAGCCACCUGUAUUGCAGUGGAAACUGUCGACGACACGGUCCAUAUCUUGCUUGGGUUUGAUGACGGAUCGUUCUCUAUUUACUUGUAUGACCGUGAAGGUCAAUUCGAGCAUCGGUCAAGUCACCAGUCCGCCGAUGGACCUCUAAUGGCUAUUUCCCUUGCCAACCCAUAUGUGAUGACAGUCUCCAGAACGAAAUUUCUAAGUCUAUAUCAGUGGGAAUCUAAGGAAACACGAGGCGGAGAUGCCACAAAUAUGUUUACACUUGCUCGGCUUCAAUCCGAUGCUUCCUUCUCGCCUAUUUCAGUUGCCCUGCGGCGCACACCAACUCAACUCAUUGCCACUGUCGCAUACGCAUUUAACAGGCUUCAGUCUGGAUGGUGCAUCGGGUUGCAGGAGAUCCGGUUGACCACCGCCGGCAGACUUGUCGACAGCAAACUGGCGUCGACCAUUGGACUUCCUAUGGAUCUCAGAUACACAGGCCGGACCAAAGACGAUAUGACCACCAAAUCGACAAGCUCCAUGCCGUUGCCCCUGCACCCUCAACUGAUGAACCCGCCAACGUCGCUUUCCUACCAGCAUCCGUUCCUGAUCGGUACCUUGGCAGAUAAUACGAUCAUGUCGUUCCUGGUGACUUCGAAUGAUGAAAAACUAGAAAUUAGCUCAGGGAGACGUCUCUGGGGUCACACAUCGGCAGUUUCAGGUGCAGAGGUCAACAACCGGGGCAAAGCAGUAUCGAUCAGCUUCCACGGAGAUGAAAUGCGAGUUUGGGACCUGGAACCGGUUAUGACCGCCGAAACCCAACCUCGGACCAGCACUCGGAUCACAUCAGUCAAUGCAUUUUCCCGUGGCGCUGGUCUAUUCGCUCGGCGAAACCCCAGCCUGGGACUUGCCUUGCGGGAGAUCAGGAACGAAUUGGAGCUCACUCGAAGGUGGGUUGGAUUUGAUGAAGAGCAGGUGGUUGUGUUGGGCGAAAGAGAUCAGAAACAGAUAAUGGCGUUGUACGAUUUUACGUAG